GGUAUCACUGGUCCUUCGGGCCCCAUCGGCCCCCCAGGCCCCCCUGGCUUGCCGGGCCCUCCUGGUCCAAAAGGUGCUAAGGGAUCCUCAGGUCCAACUGGCCCGAAGGGUGAAGCAGGCCAGCCAGGACCCCCUGGCCUGCCGGGCCCCCCAGGCGAGGUCAUCCAGCCCCUGCCGAUCCAGGCGUCCAGGACCCGGCGGAACAUUGACGCCAGCCAGCUGAUGGACGACGGGGAGGGCCAGCAUUACAUGGACUACGCGGACGGCAUGGAGGAGAUCUUCGGCUCCCUCAACUCCCUGAAGCUGGAGAUCGAGCAGAUGAAGCGGCCCCUGGGCACGCGGCAGAACCCCGCGCGCACCUGCAAAGACCUUCAGCUCUGCCACCCUGACUUCCCCGACGGUGAAUACUGGGUGGAUCCGAACCAAGGCUGCUCCAGGGACUCCUUCAAAGUCUACUGCAACUUCACAGCCGGGGGGUCGACGUGCGUCUUCCCCGACAAGAAGUCUGAGGGGGCCAGAAUCACUUCUUGGCCCAAAGAAAACCCGGGUUCCUGGUUCAGUGAAUUCAAGCGUGGCAAACUGCUCUCCUAUGUGGACGCGGAGGGCAGCCCCGUGGGCGUGGUCCAGAUGACCUUCCUGCGGCUGCUUAGUGUGUCCGCCCACCAGAACAUCACCUAUCACUGCUACCAGUCGGUGGCCUGGCAGGACGCCGCCACGGGCAGCUACGACAAGGCCGUGCGCCUCCUGGGCUCCAACGACGAGGAGGUGUCCCACGAUAACAGCCCCUACGUCCGCGCCCUGGUGGACGGCUGCGCCACAAAGAAGGGGUAUCAGAAGACCGUUCUGGAAAUCGACACCCCCAAGGUGGAGCAAGUGCCCAUCGUGGACAUCAUGUUCAACGACUUUGGCGAAGCGUCACAGAAAUUCGGAUUUGAAGUGGGGCCGGCUUGCUUCCUGGGCUAGGAGCCGCGAGCCUGGCCCCCAGAGCAACCUCGUGACCUCAGCGCGCCGCUCGCGGGUGUCCUGGACGGUGAAGGCCCCUCGCCCCUCCCCACCACGCCGGGCCCACUCCACACCCAGAGAGAGCAAAGGGAAAGAGCCGAGUCCCCGCCCCGGAGACGAAUCACAUGACCUAGAUGCCCCGCAGCCGCCCGCUUCCUCCAGCUCCGUUCCGUCUACACCACGCUCCCCAGGGGAGGGAACGGGGCCCACGCGUCUUGCCCCCGAGCCCGCGGAGCUCGUCCACGGAGAGUCCACAGGGGCCCGGGUGGGGCUGCAGUAUUUGGAGAUCAUGUUUUGUUUUUUGGGUUUUUUUGGAAAAAAUUCAACUUGAAGAUGUGUACUUACCCUGACCUUCAACAAUUGUUCCGAGGCAAAGCCUUGUAAAGGUCACCUCACCCUCCAGAGCCUCUGUUUUUCACAAGAUCCACUCGCAGAGGCCAAAUGUCAUCCUACACGUGCCUUUCCGAUGGAUUAAAGGUGCUUUUGUUUGUGUGAGUCUUAAGUAAAUAUGUGUAUUGUAUUGUCAUAAGUGUUCAGUGACCCCGACUUUCAGUCAUGCCUGUAAACCCCGCUUCGGUCCCACCGGGAGAAUUGAAAAAACAGGUGGGGUGUCCGUUGUGGGACGCAGUCCACACCCCUGCCCGCUCAAGGACGCGUGAGAAAUUAGAAGCUUGCCAAGGGCAGCAAGAAUUCACCCCACCAUUUAAAGAGCAGGUGCCGGUGCCCCUUUCAGACAAGUCUUUGAUUAGCUCUGGAUUUUAGUUUUUAACAGGGAGAAAAGGAAAAAAGGAUUUUAUACUUUGCCUCCUCCACAUGCGCUUAGAUGAAAACGCAGGCUUAAAUUAAUUUUAAUUGCUUCCUUUUUCCAUGUUCCUUCCUGCAGAGCCUGAUGGGAGGAUGUCCAGGGCAGGGAAACCACAUUUUCUGUAGAUGAUAAUUAAAUGAAAAUUGGUGCUUAUUUUUACACUUCUCUUUCGUGGUGCUAUCUGUUAAGAUCUCCUUGAAGGUGACACUGGGGGUAGCUGCCAUGCCUCGCUCUCCCAUCUC